AUGCACUUCAAACACACCCACGCCGUGACCCUCCUGGCCCUUGCCGCCAGUACCUCCGCCGGCGCCAUCCCAGAAAAGCACUCUUCCGCCGUCGCCACCGAAACAACAUCCUCCAUCGAAACAGCCACUUCCUCGGAGACUCCCGUCCCAUUGACUUCUGCUACUGGAAGUGCGAACUACAUCUGUUCCGGUUCCUACUGA